AUGUCUGACAACCGGUUUGUUCAGUUUAAAUUGGUCCUUCUUGGCGAGAGUGCUGUAGGCAAAUCGUCAAUCGUGCAUCGUUUUGUGAAAAAUACCUUUGAUGAUAUGAGGGAGUCCACCAUCGGUGCUGCCUUCCUCACCCAGUCGAUCUCGUUGCCUGAAUUGAGAACAACAGUAAAAUUCGAGAUAUGGGAUACAGCUGGCCAGGAACGCUAUAAGAGCUUAGCACCCAUGUACUACAGAAAUGCAAAUGCUGCAUUAUGUGUUUACGACAUCACAAGCAAGGCUUCUUUCUACAAGGCACAGGACUGGAUAAAGGAGUUGAAGAGAAGAGCUCCCGAGGGCAUCGUUCUAGCGUUAGUGGGCAACAAAGCAGAUUUGGCUGAAGAGAGGGAGGUGGACGAAACUGAAGUCGCCCAAUAUUUGGAACAAUUCAACCAAGAAGCUACCGCUGCUGGUGAAGCAUCAACGAAUGUGAUCCACAAGGAGUGCUCCGCCAAGUCCGGCGAGGGUGUUCUUGAAAUCUUUGACGAAAUUGCUCGGGCAUUGCCUCUCGAGGAGGCCAACGAUAGAAUGACGCCGCAACUAGGGAAGAGGGUAGAGCUUGGAAGACCUCCGCAACGCCAGCAGCAGCAGGGCUGUUGCUAG